AUUAAGAUUAAAAAAGAUAAAAACCCUACCAAAACCCUGCUGGAAGCUUCUAUCGUCUUGUUUCUCGUUGGUGUUGGUGAGUUUGGUCAGCUAGCAAUAAUGAGAGGUUUCAUUGGAGCGUUAUCCCUCGCCAGAGCCUUAAGAGGCAACUCCACCGCCGUUGCCACCUUCCUCCGACCUCCGCUAACAGCUCCCUAUGGCGCCAUUUGUUGGACUUCUUCUAAUCUUGUUGAUCGCUCUGGCCUAUCAACCGUCCCUGUUUUUCGCAGCGACGAUUUAGGGUUUAGGUAUUAUGGUUCUGCUUCCACUGCUGCGUCUCUAUCGCAGAAAGACCUCAAAACGAGAGGAUCAGAAGAAAAUAGCUUCAAGCCUAAAGAAGUUGUUCUCUUUCAGUACGAGGCUUGUCCAUUCUGCAACAAGGUUAAAGCUUUUCUAGAUUAUUAUGAUAUUUCGUAUAGAGUGGUGGAAGUAAAUCCGAUGAACAAAAAGGAGAUUAAAUGGUCUGAUUACAAGAAGGUGCCUAUUGUUACGGUUGAUGGUGAACAAUUGGUUGAUUCUUCAGACAUAAUUGAUAAAUUGGUCAAAAGGAUACAUCCAGAUUAUGACCUAAAUGCAGAUGAAGAGAAGAAGUGGCGUGAGUGGGUGGAUAAUCACUUGGUGCAUGUUUUGUCGCCAAACAUAUAUCGAACUGUUUCGGAAGCUCUUGAAUCGUUUGAUUAUAUAACCACUAAAGGAAAUUUCAGUUUAUAUGAGAGGUUAGUGGCAAAGUAUGGUGGGGCUGCUGCCAUGUAUUUCGUGUCGAAGAAAUUGAAGCAGAAACACAAUAUCACUGAUGAGCGUGCAGCAUUAUACGGAGCUGCUGAACAAUGGGUUGAUGCUUUGAAGGGCCGAAAAUUUCUUGGUGAUAUGGAACCGAAUUUAGCAGAUCUUGCUGUCUUUGGCGUUCUAAGGCCCAUCCGUCACCUAAAGUCAGGUCGAGAUAUGGUAGAGCACACAAGGAUUGGGAAAUGGUUUUCUGAGAUGGAACACAUUGUAGGACAGGCCUCCCGAAUAUGAGUGAGCGUAAGGAAAAUAUUUCUAAGUUAGUUCCAACUAUGGAUAACGAAAUUCUAUGAGGAAACCAUCUAUUAAAUAAGUUUUGCUUCCACUAUGUUUGGUAAGUCUUAAUAAGCAAAACAUGUUUUGUUCUAUUAUUUAUCUUGUUGUAGUGGUGAUCUGUGAUCACACACUGUUCUGUAAAAUACAGGUAUAUAUAACACAAGUUUAGGUGUAUAUUCAAUAAAAAUUUCCCAUUUGCAGGACCGAAAUUUUUGGCA